CAGAGCUGAUACACUGCCAGGUGAGCCCCGCGUCAGGAAAUACACUCAACUGGCUUUGAUUGUUUCUGCUUGCUGAUAUUCUUUUGUUUUCUCUGUUCCAGACCUUUUCAUAAGAAGAGCACAAUAUGAGAAUACUUUUACUUGUAGCUGCCAUAGCUGCAGUAGCACAGGCCCAGACAGACUGCUCUCGGGGGGCUUGCUACCCACCCAGCAAUGACCUGCUCCUGGGCAGGGCCCACCAGCUCCACGCCUCCUCCACCUGCGGCCUCACAGGCUCCGAGGUCUACUGCACCCCAUACCAACAGAGGAGGAUGAAGUGUUGUCCAUGUGACUCAAGGAACCCAAACAGUCAGCUGGCCCACACUGUCCAGGAUGUCCUGUCCACUUCUGGACCAGACAGAUGGUGGCAAUCCAGGAAAGAACUGAAUCCAGUCAGUCUCCAGCUGGACCUCAACAGCCUGUUCCAGCUUGACAACCUUGUGCUGAGCUUCAAGGGUCCUCGUCCCAGUGCCUUUGUUAUAGAGAGGACGCUGGACCAUGGCAGGACGUGGCAGCCCGCUCUCCACCUGGCUACCGACUGUGCAACAGCGUUUCCUGGCAUCCCCACAGCAACACCUCUCACCAUGGACCAAAAAUACUGCUACACACUGCCCCCUACUGGAGCAAACCCAUACCAAGAUCACACAAUCCAGUUCAGUCCUUUGCGUCAGUAUACUUAUGUCCAGGCUCCAAACAGCCAAAAAAUUGAAGUUGUGUCCGGGUUGACGGGGCUGAGGGUGAGGCUGACAGAGCUUGGCGAUGUGCCACGUCUCCCAGGCAGAGCUCUCAGUAGAUUUUAUGCCCUCAAGGAGAUGAGGGUGAUGGGUAGCUGCAUGUGCCACGGACACGCCAACCGAUGCCUGCCAGAGACCUACAGCAAGGUGAAUCCUCAGUGUGAAUGCCAGCAUAACACAGCAGGUGUGAACUGUGAGCGCUGUGCUGAUCUCUACAAUGAUCUGCCCUGGAGACCCGCAGAGGAGGGCAACACUCACACCUGCCAACGCUGUGAGUGUAACAACCACGCCCAGCGCUGUCGUUUUGACCAGGCGGUGUACGAAGCCAGCGGCAGGAGGAGUGGUGGUGUGUGUGAGGACUGCAUGCACCACACCACAGGGCUGAAGUGUGACCAGUGUGCACCAGGCUACCAGCCGAACCCCCGCAGCCGGAUGGACCGCCCUGACGCCUGCAUACGCUGUAUCUGCAGUGCUGAGGGGACAGUGAAUGGGGGCCGGUGUGACGACAGCACAGGCUCGUGUCAGUGUAAGGUGAAUGUCGAGGGUCCCCGCUGCGACCGAUGUAAGAGAGGCUACUACGGCCUGAGCGCCUCCAACCCUCUGGGCUGCUCCAAAUGCUCCUGUUCUCAGGACGGGUCACUGUCAGAUGUUUGCGACCCAGUGACCGGCCAGUGUCCCUGUCGUCCCCACUUCCACGGCCUGACCUGUGAAGCGUGUUCAAAAGGCUACUGGAAACCAAUCCUGUCAGGACGCUGUGAGCCCUGCAGCUGUGACCCCACCAGGUCACACAGUGAUACUUGUGACCAGGUAACAGGUCAGUGUCAGUGCAGACCAGGCUUUGGAGGCCGAACAUGUAUCGAGUGCCCCAAAAACACAUAUGGAGACCCUCUCGUAGGAUGCCAACCGUGCCGGUGUGAUGCUGAAGGAACCCUUCCAGAAGUCUGCGACAAGCAGACAGGAACCUGCUUGUGCCGGCCAGGGGUCAGCGGGGCCCGCUGCGACUCCUGCAGCCAGGGGCACUGUGACUCCUUCCCUGCCUGCGAGACAUGUCCAUCCUGCUUCUUCACCCUAGACGCCCGGAGACAGAACAUGAGCUUAGCCCUGGAGAGGCUCAGCUUCCCUACUGGUACCGGAGUUAAUCUUGGAAAUUUGGGGCCGCGCAUCUUUGCCCUGGAGGACAGCCUGAACCUGAUCCGCAACUCUAUCUCCCUUCCACCCAGUACUGGCAGACAGAUCGAUAAUGCUCUCUCCCAGCUGGACAAGCUCAGGGACCAGGUGGACAUGGUUAACAAUAACCUUCCACCUCUGGAAAGGAUUCCUGGUCUGGACAUGGAGCUAGACAAACUACGGGAUCUGCUGGACCGCCUCACUGUAGAGUACAAAGCCAAGAAAGAUGCAACGAAGAAUUCUGUCAAUCCUAACAAUGCAGGAGCGUUUGAUGCCAUCAAGCACGCCUACGAUGAGUCUACAGAUGCGGCUAAGAAGGUCGAUGCCACCGGGAACACGGUGAAGGAGUCCGCUAAUGUCAGAGAGGACACUUUGGACCUUCAGAACCGAGUACAACCAGCCAACACCAGAGACCUGGACAAACUGAACCAGAGCAUGGCUUCCCGACCUGACCUCACACCUGCUGCCAAACAGGUAUGUGGCAGUGUCCGCUCAGAGCCCUGCACCCCUUUCAAGUGUGAGGGUGGAGAUCUGUGUCCACCAGAGGGAAGCCCACCUUGCAAAAAGGGGGAGAAGUGCAUGGGUGCCCUGCCUCUGAGCAAGAGGGCUGACACGGACGCUAAGGAUGUGAAAGAGCGGCUGGAAGAGCUCAGUGGGAAGAUCACAGAGGCUGCAGAGAAGCUCCAGGAGACACAGGAGACAACCAAUCAGGUGAGACAAUCUGCAGAGAAGCUCUCCAAUAAGAUGAAGGCGACCAGAGACGAGCUAGAAAAUGACUUAAAGGAGACUCGUGAUGUUGUGAAAGAGCUCAAAGACUUCCUGUCAGACCCGUCCUCUAACCUGACCCACAUCCAGGAGGUGAGCGACUGGAUCCUGAAAGCCAAACUGCCUCUCAGUCUGGCUGCUCUACAGAGGAAGCUGGAUGAGCUGAAGAAUCUGGCGGCUAAUUUGCCAGACAGCACAGCUGUGCUGAAUGAGGCAGAACCACAGCUGGAUGCAGCCAGGAAGCUGCUGCUGGAAGCCCAGGAUGCCAGGGACACGGCACUGGGAGUGAAGGCCGACGUGGAUGGGUUGCUUGCAGGCUUCGGCUCGGUGGAGGGCUCCCUGUCUGACCUGGAGGACAAACUGCAGAACAGCAUGGAUCUCAUAGACAACCUGAACAAAAGCCUGACUGAGGCCAAAACCCAGCUGAGUCCGGCAGAGAAGGCUCUGGAUGAAGUAUCGUCACUGAUAAACCCAAUGAAACCACAACUGGACAAGCUCAAUGACUUGCUGCAGAAUGUUGGCGAGAAGGCCCAGGACGCACAGGAAAAUGCAGACAACGCAGAGGAUGAAGCAGCUUCUGCAAAAGAGGACCUGUUGGCGUUGGCGAAGCAAUUGGAUCGUCUCAAAGAUGAGGCUGCAGCCAGUGGGUCAGGUGGAGACGCGGGGCCGCUGGGGGAUCGACUGGCGAAGCUGCAGAAGGAUGCUGGAGUUCUAGUCAACACCACUGACAGCAUGAUGGAGGCUCUGGAAGGUAAGGGAGAUUCUCUCAGGAGACUGCAGGACGAAAUCCUCCAGAAGUCAACAAAGCUUGAAGGACUUGAUGCUAAGGUUAAAGACCUUUUGGAAAAACUUCGAACAAAAGCCCACGACCUCAGCAUCUGCCAGGGCUGAAAGUCUCCAAGCUGCCCGCCGGAGCCAGAUCUGCAGCUGCUGUCACUACAACACUUUAUACCAGCCUAACAUGCCAUUCACAUCUCUGCUGUCUUCACUCUACGACAGGAGGAUUCCUCCCUGACUUUGGAACACCAUUACAACUCUUCUCCAUAACAUUGCACCUCUUCUCUGGCAGUGAUCAAAGAACUGUGGGAAAUGUAGGAAAUCAUUUCUGGGGAUUAAGAUAAUGUUGACUACUCUUCAUCAUAUAAUAACUCCUUGAAUAUGUUCUGCAUUAAAGGUUGUAUAUAUGAAGUUCACUUGCCACUAGAGCACCAGCAUCUCUGAGCAAAACAAUGGGCACUACUGCUGACCAGACUCCACUGACAAGACAUUCAUUUUACCUCGCAGAUAAUCAGAAAACACACGUUGUCACGCAAUACCAUCUUUGUUAGUCUUUCCACAAUCUUUUGCACCAAGCUCAUCCUUAGGGACAAAUGCGCCUGUCAAAGUAAGUCCACUAACAGUUGUUGUUGCCACUGACAGCAUUGUACUCCAUAGACAAAAACUGUAAUUUUACCUCACAUAUUAUCGGCUAUGGAAACAAACCACAGAGAGGCUGCAAUAGCAACACAGGAAGAGGGAGUGUGUCACCAUUCUCUGUUCAGGACACCAUGUCUCCACUAUAUAGCAAAUUAAAACUCAUAUAUAUAACCUUUAAAGAGUAGUGAUAAGUCACAAUCUCAAUGUAGCGACAGGGAUGAGGGUGGUCCUUUAAUGAUGGUACAUUAUAUAGGUAGAAAAACACUGUGAUAUUGUGAGUUUGUCAAUAUCAUUUAACAUUUAACAUUUCUCACAGCCCUGCACAGAGCCAACAGAAACAAUUGUGUCAGUAGCAAUACACUCCAUUGUGAACACUCCAUUAUUGUACUUGGAACUGGAGAGAGGGUGAAUGUUUCAUUAUUUAUUUGUCUGUUUUGUAUCUUUUGUUUGUGCAGAAUCCUUAGUAUUUAAAUAAAAGCCUAUUAAUACUUUGAA